AUGUGGAACAAUUAUUAAAACACUCCUGCAGCUGCAGUCUUCAACGAUUUCGGCCUUAAAGACGAGUCCUUGCUUUUCAAAGCCCUUCCUGAUAGAAACUCACUUGCCCGCGAAAUCAGAUUUUACAUGAGUUACUAUCAGUCAAACAGGCUACUUGCUUCUACAAAAUGGCUUGGUGAGUUAUUGGUAACCAUCACUAAUCAGUAAAACAGUGCAAUAAACGGCUCAUUUAGUCUGGGAGAGGACAGCUCAAACGAUAUUUAGAUGAACAGUGCAGAUUCUAGUUAGUGGCAGAUGAAUUUGAGAUUCACUGAGCAGUCUGACAUUAGCGAGCAGCUUGAAUAUAAUCCAAGCACUAACUUCAACAAAGUCUUUUUCGAAAAACCCAGCGAGGCCACUGAUACUUUAAACUUAGCUAGAGCUCUGUUUGAUCUAAGAGAGUAUCGCAAGUGCUCUAAUCUACUCAAGCCUCUUGCUAAUCAUAAAAACUAAUCUGCCCUAUUUCUGCACUAUUACUCCCUAUUCCAAGUUUCAGAGAUGACUAAGGAAGAAGAAAUCCUCCAAACUGGCGACAAGAUAUCUUGCUCAUCUGUCUAAAAUAAGGAGCUAGCCUUGAUCGAGGCUGAUUUGCAGUCAUUAUACCAGAAGGAUUUGCUUAAUGGCAUCAACUUAUAUCUAUAUGGUGUCAUUUUAAGAGAGAAAAAUAAGAAGGACGAGGCUAAAUAAGUUCUGAUUUAAGCCUUAAACAAGUAGCCACUACUAUGGUCAGCUUGGCUAGAGCUUGGUUCAAUGAUAAAGUAGACUGAAAGAGAGGUAUUUGCAUAGAUAAAAGAGCACUGGAUGAACAACUUUUACUUCGCUAACUUCUAUCUUGAGAUUUAACAAGAUAGCGAUUGCAUUAACCUUAACGGGACUUUAUUGAGAUACUUCCCAAACAGCGUUUACAUUCUUAACUAGAUUGCUCAUGCAAGCUAUGCAUCUUAAGAGUAUGAUGCUGCUCUGGAUUGGUUCUCGAAGCUGAUAUCAGUUGAUCCCUUCAGAUUUGAAAACAUGGAUCUGUAUUCAAAUAUCUUGUACAUUAAGGAGAACUUUGGCGAGUUGGCUCAUUUAGCUUACAAAGUCUUCCACAACGAUAAGUACAGACCAGAGUCAUGCUGUGUGAUAGGAAACUACUACAGUUUAAGAGGAGAUCAUCACAAGGCAGUCAUUUACUUUAAGAGAGCAGUCAAGCUUGAUAACAAGUUCUUAUCGGCUUGGACUUUAAUGGGGCAUGAAUACCUUGAAAUGAAAAAUACAAAUGCAGCUAUUGAGAGCUACAGAACAGCAGUAGAUAUUGAUCCUAAGGAUUUUAGAGCUUGGUACGGUCUAGGUUAGACUUAUGAAAUCAAUCAAAUGUACAACUAUGCUGCUCAUUACUAUGCCAACGCUGCUCUUUCGAAACCUCAAGACUCUAGAAUGUGGAUAGCGAUGGGUGGUUGCUAUGAGAAAAUGGAUAGAAAAGAAGAAGCUAUAAAAUGCCAUGAGAAGGGAGAGAGAUACAAGGAUAAAGAGGGUAUAGCCAUGCAUAAACUAGCUAAACUUUACAUAUAAAUGGGUGAGUACGAUAAAGCUGCCACCUGCUUCAAAGAGAAUUUACGACGCAAAGAUAACGAGGAGACUGAGUCAUCAGAGACGACAGAGGCUUUAAUGUAUCUGGCUAAGUAUUGCAAGUCCUAGGGUCUGCUGAAGGAAGCAAUAGACUAUGCGAGAAGAUUGCAUGAUUAUAGUGGUACCGAAAGAGAAGAAGCUAGUGCGCUUAUUCGGGAAAUCAACAAUCAGCAACAGUUUCAACAUACUGCCUCGAAUGCUAACGUUGCUGGAGGUGGUGGAUAAAACCUAGUAGGAUUAGGCGGACAUAGCCAUGGACAUGCUCAUGGGGGACAUGGACUUGGAUUUGGAGGAGGACAUGCUGGCCAUGGUCACCAAUGA